AUGGGUUUCUCUGACGCUGUGCAAUGGUGGGAUGAGUGGCAGCUGCGCAUUCUGGUGCUGGCCAGCCUCUUCACCCAGUACUUCCUCUUCUUCUCCUCCCUGGUGCGCAGGUGUGCUCUUCCAGCUUCGGUCAGGCUGUUCAUGUGGCUUGCCUACCUAGGUGGGGAUGCUCUGGCGAUAUACGGCCUGGCCACCCUCUUCAACCGUCACAAGCAGCUACCCGCAUAUGCGAGCGGCCUGGAGAUCCUGUGGACGCCUGUCCUUCUCAUCCACCUCGGGGGCCAGCACACAAUGACUGCCUACAGCAUCGAAGACAAUGAGUUGUGGACGCGGCACGCCAUAACUGUGGUGUCCCAGGUCGCGGUCGCCGUCUACGUGUUCUGCAAGUCAUGGUCCGGGGAGAAGAGGUUGCUUCAGGCCGCAAUCUUGCUGUUCGUCGUUGGGAUCAUCAGAUCCGUCCGGAAGCCACGGGCUCUAAAGAAUGCCAGUAUCAGUGGCAUGGUCGCCUCUUCCUCUCCAUCCACGCGAAGGGGAAGACAAGAAAAAGAAGAAGCAGCCGAAGAGAAGGACAUUCCGCUUAAAGAAUUUGUACAAGAAGCAAGCAGCUGCGUACUGCGGUCAGAGUUAGCUAGUGAUCAAGAGAAAACCCAACAUCUAGCUUCAAUCUCUAUGGCAACAUAUGUCUCCAGGCUACUGGUAGACAUAUCAACUCCAUACUCUGGUCGGAUUAAAAUCCUACAUCUUCUAAUGGCCCUUGAUUGCCGACAUACACAUUUCGUCUCCGAAUUUACGCUCCACUGGUUAUUUUUGAUGCUCUACACAAAUUUCAAAAUGAUAUUCUGGGGCCUUGGCUUAUGGUUGCACCGCGUGCUUCCAUUUCUUACCUUAGCUUCCGUCAUCCUCUUCUCCACUAGCCACAAAUAUCAUGACUACGACGCAACAGAUGUCAAGUUAACUUACAUCCUGUUAUGUUGUACCUUGCUGCUGGAUUUCUUAUUUCUCUUGCUCGCUGAUUUCAACGGAUACACUGGGCUCAUCAAGGUUUGCCAGUAUAGCCUCUUGUCAUUCUAUGCUCGUAAGAAGAGGCCCACUACAUUGAUGAAGCUUGCCACAGUUGUCUGCUGCAAGGACUAUGUUAACAUGCAUUGUUAUAUAGAACAUGAACCAUCUGAUUCCUCAGAGAUGAUUGCAGAGUUGGUCCUUGGAUAUGUGAGGGAUGGGUGGACAAGAUACAUGCACGACGCUGCCAGCUACAAGAGAUUCAACAGCCAUAGGGGUGAGUGGACAUUGAACAACCAUAGUCUGGGCCACACCAAACAGCUGGGGUGGAGCCUGAAGAUGGCGUUCGAUACAAGCGUCCUUCUCUGGCACAUCGCCACAGACCUGUGCUUUCACCACCAAAGCACAACCCCUUGCGGCCAAGAGCGCGCUGCUCAAAGCAGAGUGAUAUCCAACUACAUGGCUUACCUGCUCUCCAUCCGUCCUGAGAUGCUGAUGCUCGGGAGUAGGAACGGUAUCUGCAGUGUUGCAUGUGAUGAUAUAGAGCUCAUGAUGGGUGGCGAGUUAGAACCGGACAUAAGAGGACUUGGGCAGGGAAUUCUUCACAAGGCGCAACAGCCUCCCUCGUCACACGCCCGCAACAUAGGAGCUUUGGUCCCCAAUGCAUGCAGGCUUGCUAAAGAAUUGAUGGAGCUGCACAAUGAACAGAAGAUGUGGGAGGUGGUCCAGGGGGUAUGGGUAGAGAUGUUAUGCUACUCUGCGGGUAGGUGCAGGGGGUACUUGCAUGCCAAGAACAUGAAUGAAGGUCCGCAGCUGCUCUCUCUUGUCUGGAUCAUCUUGUCAUUCAUGGGGAUGGAGACAUCUGCCGACAGGUAUCAGAAGCCGGAGCCUCCCGAAACCAAGGAAGAAGAAGAAAUAGAAGGUGGAGACGUUGGGGGUGAAGGCAGAUCCAUCCAGCAGGAGAUUAAUAUAUCUGUCUAA